CUUUUUCUUCUAAGAUCUUUGGAAUGUGUACAAUACUGUUUGUGUGUAUACAAUAAUGAAUGUCAGUGUUGACGUCUCUACACAAUUUUAAUCGUAAGCCAAACAGCUACAGAUGGCUUCCGACAAACAGACACUCUUGGCUGUGCUGCAGCUAUUACGUCGAUACAACUUAAAGAGUACAGAAGAACUCUUAAAGAAGGAAGCAAAUCUCACUGAUGUUGAAACACCAGGUGAGACCCCUCAGACAGAUUCUGAGGUCAGCAGUGUUCUGUCAGCAUACAAAAGUGAGGGAGAUCCAGAUGUGUAUGAAGAUGCUUAUGUGGACUUAAAGAAAUUUGUGGAGGGUGCACUAGAUAUUUACAAACAUGAGUUGGGCAUGAUACUUUACCCAGUGUUUGUACACAUGUACCUAGAACUUGUUUAUAAUGGCCACGAGCAGCAAGCAAUAAAAUUAAUGGAGAAAUUUGGUCCAGAUCAAGAAGAAUACUAUCAAGAUGACCUGAAAAGACUUUCACAUGUUACAAAGAAAGACCAUAUGAAAGGGAAUGAACUCACUGACACAUUUAAGUCAAGUGAAUUUAUUAUCAGAAUGUCACGUGAUACCCUUUCAAUCUUGAAAAGACACCUUCAAGAAAAGAAACACAGUGUUGUCCUCAAUAUCAUACAAGAACAUUUGUAUUUUGAUAUGUACGAAGGUGUAGCUCGCAAUAAGCAACAAAUUGAAGCCACAUCUGGAGCAGUAGUAGGGGAAGCAACACGGCAAGAUAACAAAGCUAAGGUUUACUAUGGAUUGCUGAAAGAACCGGACAUUCAAUAUCUACCAGUUGAAGAAGAAGAGGAAGCUGAUGCAGAUAAUGCUGAUAAACCAAAGAAGAAGAAACCAAAGAAAGAUCCUUUGUUUUCCAAAAAAGCAAAAUCAGACCCAAAUGCUCCACCACCUGAUAGGAUGCCUCUUCCAGACCUGAAGGAUGCAGACAAAGUAGAGAAGGCUAAGGCUAUGAGAGAGGCUUCAAAACGGGUAACUUUAGGUCCAGACUCACUUCCAUCCAUAUGUUUCUACACAUUACUAAACUCUCACAGUAUGGUCACAAGUGCAGAAGUUGCAGAGGACUCAAGUCUCUUGGCAGUUGGAUUUGCUGACUCUGUGAUAAAAAUCUGGACCCUUGUACCUCAAAAACUGAGGGCAAUGAAAUCAGCAGAGCAACUACAGGACAUUGAUAGAGAAGCAGAGGAUGUAUGGGUUCGAAUGAUGGAUGACAGGUCAGCUGAAACAUCUCGAGUUUUCCACGGUCACACAGGUCCUGUGUACAGGGUGGCAUUUAGUCCAGAUAGGAGUCUUCUGCUAUCUUGCUCUGAAGAUACAACAGUCAGGCUGUGGAGUCUACAGACAUGGACAUGUUUGGUGUGCUACAAAGGACACUGUUUUCCUGUGUGGGAUGUACGAUUUGCCCCUCACGGUUACUACUUUGCCACAGCAGGACAUGAUAAAACAGCUCGACUUUGGGCCACAGAUCAACAUCAGCCUUUAAGAAUAUUCGCUGGUCACUUUUCAGAUGUUGACUGUGUUCAGUUUCAUCCAAACUCAAACUAUGUGGCAACUGGGUCAAGUGAUCGCACAGUUCGUCUUUGGGAUUGUGUUACUGGCAGUCAUGUUCGUUUGAUGACAGGCCAUAAGGCGCCCAUCUAUUCCCUUUCUUUUUCUGUGGAAGGGCGAUUCUUAGCAUCUGCUGGCUCUGAUUAUAGAGUAUUAAUAUGGGAUUUGGCCCAUGGACAUCUUCUUGCUGAGCUCAGCAGCCAUACUGCACCUAUACAUAGCCUCGCAUUUAGUCGUGAUGGACACAUUUUAACAUCUGGUUCUUUAGAUUGUUCAAUUAAACUGUGGGAUUUUACAAGACUUGUUGAAGAAAUGACACUAGAAGAUGUAAAUGUGUCACAUAACCCUGACAUAAAGAAGAGUGAAAGUUAUUUAUUGCGUUCCUAUGGAACAAAGAACUCUGGAGUGCUUGGUUUACAUUUCACAAGAAGAAAUCUACUGCUAGCUGUUGGAAUCUAUGACUCUUGACAUGUCCUAAAUGUUGUACAAAAGUGUAAUAUUUGGUAUUAAUAUUUCUUAUUGAAAAGUGUUGUUAUGAAUGCAAGCAGUUGGAAGAAUAUACCACUAACUGUAAGACCAUAUUUAUGCAAUCUUAAAAUCUAACCUCAUUAAACAUGUCUUUUUAGAUGAAAGCAGAUUAGAUACAAAUUUUGAAAGGCUCGCUAGUUUUUGAAACUUGAAUGCAUUUGCUUGGGAAAAAUAUCAUUUAAAGACUCUGUAGCAAAAAUGACCUUUAACAGUAAGACAUAGUUAGAUGUAAAGUAAAAUAGUAAGAUUUGCAAAUCUAAAAAGCUGAAACUAAACAUUUUGGAAAUACAUUCACAGCAUUUCAAGCAUACACUUGGAAGUGACAGAAAACAAGAAGCAAAUCAAAAACUAAGAUAAGAGACAAUAGGCCUCACGUGGAGACAUACAGGUAGUAGUUUUUCCCUUGCUAGAUUUACAAGUGGAACAGGAAAAUGAAAUGUCGUGUGACAAGGGCCUCCCGUCAGGUAGACCGUUCGCCUGGUGCAAGUCUUUCGAUCUGACGCCACUUCGGUGACUUGCGCGUCGAUGAGGAUGAAAUGAUGAUGAUUAGGACAACACAACACCCAGUCCCUGAGCGGAGAAAAUCUCCGACCCAGCCGGGAAUCGAAGCCGGGCCCUUUGGACUGACAGUCUGUCACGCUGACCACUCAGCUACCGGGGACGGACAGGAAAGGAAAUAACUAGUAGUCAUCCAAGGUACCCUCCGCCAUGCACCAUAUAGUGGCUUGUGGAAUAUGUAUGCAGAUAUAGAUAUAACCUCAAUCAAGUACCUCUGAUCCAGAUUAAUGUAUUCCUCACAAAGUGUGUGCUGAAAUCGAAUUGGAUAUCACUUAAUCAUUGUAAAAUUACACAAUUAUAAAACAGUCACUGGAAGCAGUCACAUCCAUGAAAUGUCUAAGAGGGCACCUAUGGGGAAGUAUAAAGUUAAACAACUAUAUAAAACUAAUGCCAGGCAACACACCUGCUAGAUAGAUUCAUUUGAAAAAUCCUCAAGCAGUGUAAUCCAUUGACAAAGGAGGUAGCUUACAUAACCCUCGUUUGACCAAUAGCUGAAUACUGCCCAUCAAUCUGGGAUCCAUACCAGAUAAGAUUGAUAAAGGGAAUAGAGAAAGUCCAGGGAAGAGCAGCACAUUUCAUUACAGGUUCAUUUUGUAAGUGCAAAAGUGUCUUGAAGAUGCUCGCCAACUCCAAUGGCACAUGCUGCAGGAGAGUUGUUCUGCAUCAGAUGUGGUUUAUUGUUAAAAUUCCAUGUACAUAUGUUCAUAGGAGAGCUAACCAAUAUAUUAAACUAUGUGAUGAAAUUGAGAAAUUAAAUUGGAUAUCACUUAAUUGUUA